AUGAUUUAAAAUUAAAUUUUAGAAGCAGACCAAAUAAAUAAUUAAAUAUAAUUAAUAAGUUAAGAGAAUGAUUAGAAAAAUGAGAAGGUGAAUUUAUAACAUUACAAGAGUUUCGAUAAAUAAGAAGUAUUAAGUGAAAUUGAAUAAUAUUAUAAAAAUCAUAAUUCAUUAAGAAAUAUUCUUAAAGAAUUAUUGCAUAUAUCACAUAAAAUACAAAUUCCAGAUGAAUAUCUUAAUCAUUUACUUAAUUAUUUUUUAGUUGAAAAAUAAGAUUAACAAUAAAUACUUACAUGCUGUCAAAUAUUAAGAUAAUCUAUUAUAAAGGGAUCAAAAAUUUAAAUUGAAAAGCUCAUUAAUAUCUUUAGUGUGAUUAGGAAUAAAGAUUCAUUAUAUGAAUUAGUUAAAAUAUUGUCUAUAAUUCAAUAAUAAUAAUAGUUAAAGGAGGAAUAUUUAAAUAAGAUUUUAAAUUUAAAUGAUCUAGAUUUUUAGAUAAGAUAAUAUCUUAUUCAACUGUAAAAUAUCUCUAAUCCAUAAAUUAAAGAAGAUUCCUCGAAUUUAGAAUAAAAUAUUUUAAAAGAAUAAUAAGGUUUUUAUAGUCAUGUAAUAUUAACAUAUGAACGUCAUGAUAAUUAUGAAAUACUUUAUGAUUUUGAUGAUAGUUAAUAAAUAACUACAAUUAAUUAGAAUCAGGAGAAUAUUAUACCAAAUGAUUUGGUUGAAGUUUCUAAUAAUGUCAUAGAAAAUAGAUAAAUAGAAUUAAAAAAAAAUAAUGUUCCAAAUACUAUUUUUAAUAAUACUUAUGAUACUAUAAAAUAGAUAUAUAAAUAUGCAUAAUAACAUAAAAAGAUUGAAGAAGACGAUAAAGAUGGAUAUUUACCAGAUAAAUUAUUUGGAUCAAAAUAUUUUUCAAAUGGAAUUCUUGGUGAAUAUUUAUGUGAUCGAAUGAUAAUAGAAACAUUUAGAAUUAUCUCUGAAAGCUAAUCAUUAAAUAAUUAAACUAUUAAUAAAGUCUUUUAAUUAUGUGAGGACAUUAAUACUGUUAAAAAAUUAUUCUUAUAAGAUUUAUCUGAUAAUAUUUAUGUUAAUUCAAUUCACAGAAGUGAAAUUAAAAUAGAAAAUUUGGAUUCAAUUGAAGAAUUUGUUAAAAAGAUUCUAAAGGUAUUCUUUGACUUUGAUCAAUUUCAUACUAAAAUUUCUAUUAAUCAUAGUGGUUUAAUCGGUAAUAGUUAAUUAAGCUGUUUUGGAGAUAAAAAUAGCAUAGUUGUUGAAAAAGUAAUUGGAAUUAUGUUAUCUGAAUUUUAAAAAUUAAGAGUAUGUGCUAUUUAAAUUAUUCACAAUCUUGUUUCCAACAAUUUAAUUGUCUUAAAUGAUACAAAAAUAAAAUUCAUUGAAAGCCUUUAAUAUCUUGAUGAAUAAAAUUUUGAAUUUCGUGUAGUUGCAUUAAAGAUUUACUGUCUAACUAAUAAGAAUAAUUCUCAAGAUGUGUUUAAUGUUUGUAUGAAAAAAAUAGAAAAGAAUUAAUUUGAAGGAAUUGAAUAUAUACUUAGUCAGACUUUAACAAUUGAAAAUGCAGAACGCUUAUUAGGGGCUAAUAUAUAGAUGAUAAUUGAUAAGAUUACAUCUGAUACAAUAAAAAAAGAAAAUGAAAUUAAGAAGAAAUUAACUGAAAUUGUUAGUAUUUUUUUAAGUUAUGAGAAGUUAAAUAUUAAUGAAAAUGAUUUUGAAAGAUUAUUCGAUCUUUUUUUUUAAUAUUAAGACUAAGAUUUAUAAUACAAAUUUUACUUACUUAAAUCUAUUAUAUAGUUUUUAAAAAAGAAUCAAGGUCAUUAAGAAAAUAAAUACAAUAAGCUUAUUGAUAAUUUAUCUAAAUUUGAAGAUUAAUUAUAAAACUUGAUUAUUUUAAGUUUAGUAACUGCAUUAAAAAAAGGCUCAAAAUUUAGAAUAAAGAUUUCUGACUGUUUAAUAUAAAAAUUAUAAGUUUCUUAAAAGAUAAAUCCAAAAGGAAUGAUUAUUGAAGAUAAUGAUACUAAUAAUCCAAGUAUUUCUUUAAUUGUUACUGAAAUUAUUUAUAAUUAAGUAUCACAACAUCAUAUCUAACUUUCAUAAAUAACAAUCGAUUACUUGAUAUCAAAUCUAAAAGAUUAAGAUGAAAAUUUAAAAUUGUAAACUGUAAAAAUAUUAGCUGAAAUUGACUAAGAUAUUUCAAAAGAGAAUUAUGAUAAAUUAAUUUUGCAUUUUUUUGAUAUUUUUAAUGAUUAAAAGGGAUAAUCAUUUAUUUAUGCACUUGUGUAUACAAAAGCUAUUUUGAAAAAGUAAAUUAAUCAGGCUAUUGAAUUUCAAUAUAUUGAUAUUUUAACUUAGAUUUGUCAUUUAGAUGACUAUUCUGAAAAUUAAAAAUACUAAUAAAUUUAAUAAAAUAUAAUAACAAUCUUAAAUAAUUAAACAUAAGAAAAAUAAAAUAUACCAAUAGAAUUUAUGAUUUAAUUUGAAAAUAUUUUGAUUCAGGAUUUAUAAAUCUAAAAUAAAAUUAUUGAAAUUCUUAUAGGUUAUACAAAAUAUUAAAAAAUACCAGAUAGAUUAGUAGUAGUACUUGAAAUCUAAUUAAAUAAAUCAGAUAUAUAAUAAAAAUGCUUAGUGAUUUUAGAAUAGGUUAUUCGUAUGGGUUAAAUUGUUAGUGAUACUACAUUAUAAAAAUUUAUUGAUAAAAUAUCAAACAUGGAAGAGGGUUCUGAUAAAUAUUAUGAAAUUUUAGAAAUAGUAGAAAUGAAUCAUACAUUAUCUGAAAAUAUAUUUACAUCUAUAUAAUUAGAAAGAGCUGGAUAAGCAAUUAAAAAGAAAUCUAAUGAUUAUAAUCAUGCAAUAAACUAUAUAUAUUAAAAAGUAUAAGAAGGUUAAGUAAUAUCAAACAAUAUAUUUUAAAUUAUUGCAAAUACAUUAGAUGAAUUAAAUGAUACUGUAAUUAAAAUAUUAGAAUGUGUAUCUAGUAAUAAUUAAAUCAUUCCAAACUUAGUUGUUGAUAAACUUUAGACAAAAUUGAAUAAUUAAGAUAUUAAUGAAAAUAUUAUACGUAUAUUUAUUAAUAUGGUCAAGAAUAAUUAAGAAUUUUCUGAAGAGCUUAUACUUAAAUUAGAAGAGAUGUUAGAUAAUUAAAAUAUUCCUUAAUUGAUAGUUUAAUUUUUUGCAAUUCCUAGUUAAAAUUGUAAAUUAUUUUCCACAUAAUUAAUUGAAAGAUUAUGUAUGCAUAUAUAAAAUACAAAUGAUUUAAAUUUAGAAUUUAGUCUACUCUAAGCAAUCAAUACUAAAAUUAAUGCAAAUAAUAUAUUUUAUUAAGAUGCUCAACAUCUUAAUUUAGUUAUUUAAGUUUUAAUAUCAAAACUUUAGAUAUCUAAAUAAAUUUUAAUUCCUUUAUGUUUAACAAUUAUUAAUGAUAUAAAAUUACAUCAAAAUAUAUUAGACACAUAAUUAUAAUCAAUAUUAAUAAUAUUAAUAAAAUAAAAAGAAAUCAAAUAUGAAAUAAAAAUUAAAAUUAGUAAAAUAUUAAAAUUAUGUGAACUUGAUGCAUAAACAACUUAAUUUAUCAAUUAAUUUUUAUUGACUUAGGAUUUGAAUACUAAUAAUAAGAAUAAUUUGUUAACUUUAAAUGAUAUUAAUGAAUAGAUUGAAUUAUUACCUGAAACUUUAGAUUAAAUUAAUUAAAUUUUAUAAGAAUGUAAGGAUCAUUAACUUUUAUAAUUAGCUAUUUCUUUAUUAAAUAAUUGCAAAAAUAUAGAUUAAAUACCAGAUAAUAUAAUAUAAAAUAUUGUGAUGUUUAUUUCAUACAAAGAUUAGACAUCUCAAUGUUUUAAACUUCUCAAUCAAAUAGCUUAAUCUAAAAAAUCAUUUCCAAAUACUAUUUUAACAUUUUUAAUUGAUAAUUAUUCAGAUUAAUUAGAAUGUGCCUUAUUUUCAUCAAAAGGAAAUGAAAUAUUAAAUGAUAAAUUGAAAAUAAUUGAAUAAUUAGAUAAAACAAUACCUUAUGAGUGUUCAAUUGAUUUACUUAAAAGAAUCAAUAAGUCUAUGAAAUUAGGAUUUAUAUUUUCAGAAUAAAGAAUAAAAUUAUUUUGUAAUACAUUCUAAUUAGGAAAGUUAUAAAAAGAUUAGAUUUAUAUUUAUUCAAAAAUUUUAUCUAAAUUUGUGUUGUAUUAAUUAAUUUUUAAUGAAGAUAUAGUAAAUUAAAUAGAAGCAUUAAUUUAACUAAAUGAUAUCAAAAUAACAAAUAAAAUAAUUAUAGCAUAUACAAAGAUUAUAGAAUAAAAAAAGUAUUAGAAUCUUCAAAAUUGUAUAGAUUGUUUAUUGAACAAAUAAAAAUACAUUUUAGCUUUAAGUGAAUGUAUUUAUUGUGCUUGUUAAUUUGGAGAUAAUUUGUAAUAAAGUUGGGUGAAAUUUCUAGAGGUCAAUCUGAUGAAUACAUCUGUAAUAAUUAGUAAUUUUUGUUUUAAAGGAUUACGAAUUGCUAGGGAAAAAGGAUUUAAUUCUUAAUUAUUUAAUGAUUUUUGUGAUAUAAUAAUAAAAGUAUUAGAACAAAUUAAAAUGCCAAUUGAUAGAGACGACGAUCUACUUGAAACCAUAAAUUAUUUAUAAUAGUAUGAUUUAGGUGAAACAUUUAUCAAUUGUGAAGAUUGGAAUAUAGGAUUACUUGAGAAGGGUUUUGAAAUAAAAAAUAAAGGAUGUUCAAUGAUUAAAAUCAAAAAUAUUAUUAAUUAGGAUGAAAAAAAUCAAAAACAUUAUACUUAAUUUUUAAACACAAUAAUUUAAAUUGAAGGAAUGAGAGAAAUUGAAUUUAAUGAUUUAAUUAUUUUUAUCAAAACAAUAGGAUUAGAAAAUAUAACUUAAUUAUUGAAAUAAAAUAUUAUUUAUAAUAGUAAAUAAAUUAAGGUAAAAUUAUAAUGGAUAAAAUUGAAAUAAGAAUGGUUAAAUUAGAUGAUAAUUAAAAAGAUAAAUAAACAACUUUUGAAUAGUCCAUAUAUUUAAAUUUUGACAAACCUUAUAAGUAAUUAUGAGUAAUUAAAUUGUGAAUAAUCUGCUUAUUUUUUUGAAUAAUUAAAAGAGAUCGACAAUUUUCAAGAAUUUUAAAGUCUCUUAGAGUUUAUUAUAAAAUAUAAAUGUAUUAUUUAGAAAUCUGAACAAUAAUAUACAGUAAAGGAAUUAAAAUAAUAUUUUGAAAUUUAAAUUAUAAUUCUUAGAUUUCAAAAAUAUAAAAAUGACAAAUUAUUAAAGAAUAUUAUCAAAUAAUUACUAAUUAAAGGUUGGACUUUUAAAAAAUAGAUAGAAAUUCUUGAUAAUGUUUAGCCAUUGAAUCUAGAUUCAAAGAAAGAGAAAUCUAUAGUUUAAUUGUUCAAGACUCUUUAUUAUUAUAAAAUUUAACCAGAUAAAGAUAUAAAAAGUAUCUUAGAUUAAGAUGAAUAUCAUAAUUGGAAUAAUUAAGUAUAUAAUUUAGCUUUGAAAGAUAUUUAAAAUAAAGCUGGAGCAAAGGAUAUAUAAAUAUUAGUAGAUGAAUUGUCAUAAAUAAAUACAAAGUUAAAAAUAAAUAAAGAUUUUUAUAUGAAUAUGAUUAAAUAAAUAAAGGAAAAGGGUUAAGAAAUAUCAGAUUGGAUAAAGAAAGAUAUAUAAGAAUGGGCUAAAAUUGUAAAAUAAUAAUAGAAAGAGAAUUUCAAAAAUAUAGGAUUUAUAGUUGAAUCAAUAGCUGUGAUCAAAUAAGCUAUUUUAAUUUACUAAUAAUUGAAUUUAACUUACUCAUAAAUUAUGAGUGCUUUGAUAAUUUUAUUGUAAGGAUAGGAUGAAGGAGUAUUAUUAUAAGUGAGUACUGGUGAAGGUAAAUCCAUUAUAAUAUGUAUCAUCGCCAUAUUUUAUGGAUUAUAAGGAUUUGCAAUCAAUAUUCACACCAGUUCUCCUGUUUUAGCAGAGAGAGAUUCAAAAAAGAUGGCAAAUCUAUAUAAGUAUUUUGGUCUUGAAUGUAGUGAAAAUAGUGACAAAUCAAAAUACAUUAAAAAUGUUAAAUAAUGUUAUAAAAAAGAUAUUGUUUAUGGUGAUGUAUCCUAAUUUUAAUUUGAUUAUUUAAGGCAUCAUCAUAAUUAAUUAAAUACAAUGGGUGACAGAAAAAUGGAGAUAGCAAUUGUUGAUGAAGUUGAUAGUAUGCUUAUAGAUGAGAGUUCAAAAUUUGCUAGAUUAUCCACUACAGUUGCUGGUAUAUGUCAUUUUUAACCUAUUUAUUUAUUUAUUUAGUAAAGAAUUAAAUUACUUGAUGAAUAAAUAGUUAAAAUUGGUUCGAAAUAUUAUUACUUUUAUGGAAAAAUUGUAAAAAAUGAAAAUAAGUUAAGUCUAUAAAUUUAGAAAUCUGAUGGAAAUAUAUAAAUCAUUGAAGAUUUAGAAUAGCUUAUUUUGAAGAACUAAUUACCUAUUCCAAAAGAAAUAGGUGAAAUUAUUGAUAAUUUAGAUGAUUUUAUUAAAAUAGAUAUAGAAUAAUAUAUUAAAUGGAUAAUCUAAGAAAAUCAAAUCAUCAUUCUACCUAAUUAUUUUAAAUAAUAUUUAAAUCUUUAAUUACCUAAUUGGAUAUGUAAUGCUUUAUAAGCAAUUAAAUUUUAAGAAAAUAUUCACUAUAUUAUUAGUGAUGGUUAAAUAAAACCAGUUGAUUAUUAAAAUACAGGAAUAAUUUAGAAUUCUACUUAUUGGGGAAAUGGAUUACAUUAAUUCUUAUAAAUAAAACAUAAUCUUAAAAUUACAUCUGAAACUUUUUUAACAAAUUUUUUAUCUAAUGUUGGAUAUUUUAAAAAAUACAAUAAAAGAUUAUUUGGUUUAACAGGUACAUUAGGUUCAGAAAAAGCUUAAGAAAUGUUAAUUUAAGUUUAUGGUGUUAAUUUAGUUUUUAUUCCUUAAAAUAACUAUAAAUUAUUUAAGGAAUUACAAUUAGUUGUUGUAGAUAAUAAUAAAAAAUGGUUGCGAGAAAUCAUUUAAUCAGCUAUUAGUGAAUGCAAUAAAAAAAGAGGUGUUCUAAUUAUAUGUGAAACAAUAUUAGAUGCUCAUAAAAUUUAAGAAAAAUUAUAAUUGAAAUAUAAUAAUAGUAAUAUCAAACUUUAUGAUAUGAAUAAUAAAUUUUUGGAAAAGGAUAUUGAAAUGAUUUAUCCACAUCAAAUAUUUGUUGCUACAAAUCUUGCAGGUAGAGGGACUGAUAUCAAAACAAAUAAUAUUGAAGAAUAUGGAGGAUUACAUGUAAUAUUAACAUUCAUGCCUACUAAUUAAAGAAUUGAAGAAUAAGCAUUUGGCAGAACUGCUAGAUUAGCCAAUAAAGGGACAGGAUAAAUGAUUUUAAAUUAAUGUAAUAUUAAACAUUUAAUUGAUGAUUAAAUAGAUUAUUCAAAAUUAAAGAAAAAAAGGGAUGAAUUCGAAGCUAAAAGAUUAUAAGAGUAUAUGGAUUAUAAUUUAAAAUAAAUAGAAAAAAAAGAGAUGUAUUUUGAAAAGUUUUGUAAUCUUUUAAAUCAAUAAAGAUAAAUUAUCUAAUCUUAAAACUAAUUAAAUUAAUUAGAGAAACAUUAUACAAAUUUAAAUAUUGAAGAAAAAUGGGCAGUAUUUCUAUUGUAGAAUUAAGUUAUUUAAGAAAAUACUGAUGAUAAGUUUAAAGAAUUUGAAGAUCAUGUCAAUAACCUUUGUGAAAAGAAAGAAAUAAUAUGCAAUCCUUAUUAUAAAAUAGAUAUUUAACAAUCUCAACUUAAAAAAUAGACCCAAAUAUAAGAUAAAAUAAAUGCUUUAAAUGCCAUCAUCAAAGUUGAUGGUGAUUAAUUAGCUAUUAUUUAUUAAGAAUUAGCCUACCUUUAUCUUUAAACAGAUAUUUAAGAUAAAAAUAAAGCAUUGAACUAUUUAUAAAAGACAGCUGAAUUAUUAAAUAAAGAAUUUAUAACAUGGUAGAGUUUAAAUGUGAGUUUAUCCAAAUAUUUGAAGAAUUUUCAAGAUAGUGAUUUACAAUAAUAAAUUAUAAAAAAACUUUAAAUUAUUGAAACUUGUGCAAAUAGCAUAGAAGCAAAUAUUAAAGUAAUUAAGAAAUCUUAAAGAUUAAUAAAUAUUGUUAAUAAAGAAGAAUAUGGUAAUUAAAAAGAAAUCUAAAUAAAGUUAAUUCAUCUUGGCUUAGAAAAGAAAUAAGCUAUUAAAUAUUGUUCUUCUUUAAAAUCAAAUAAUAUUUAAUUGAUAUUUAAUGAUCUAUCUUAUUAUGAAGACUACAUUGAUUAAGAUUCUGCAAUAAAGACUAUUGAAUAGAUUUAUGAUAAAGAUUAAUCAAUCAACAAUUAAAUCACUUUACAAUUAAAUGAAAUUGCUGUAUCCAAACUAAAUUUAUUAUUUUAUAAAAGAGAUAUAAAUAUGGGACUUUAUAAAGAAUUUGUAUUAUAAAUUUUAAAAGAUAAAAAAGAAGUAGGAAAACAUAUUCUUCUAAAAACACCUUAAAAAAAUUAUGAAGCAAAAUCUAUUUAAGAUGCAAUUGAAAUAGUUAAUAAUAUAGAUGAUGAAAUUUUAAUAGAUAUAAUCUUUAUGAGUAAAGAGACAGAAAAAUGGUAAAAUGAUUUAAAAAAUAAUAUUUAGAUGGAUAUUGAAAUUAUAGAUUUGGAUAAAGAAAAAGUUAAAAAAGAAUUAUAAAUUAUCGAUUCUGAAUCAAUUAAUCUUGUGAUAACAUGUGAUAUUGAAGAUAUCUCUUAGAUAAUUAAAUAAGAAUAUUUAAUUAAAUUGAAACAUCUCAACGAACAAUUACAUAUGUUAUAUAAUAAGGAAUAAGCUAAAUAAUUAUUUGAAUAGAUCGAAAAUAAAUUUAAUAUUUAAACUAUAUCAAUUCCAAAUAUUAAAAAAGAAAACAUUCUAAAAAUAUUGAAUACUUGUAAAGAUACGGCUAAAUUCAAUUUAUAAUUUAAUAAAAUAAAUAGCUUCUAUUCUUUUGAAGGGAAUAAAUUAGUUAAUGUAAGAUUUAGAAUAGAAAAUAUUAUGUAGAGUAAAAUACUAAUCUAAUAAUUAAGAAAAUUCUAAUUAGAAUUUUAAUUGAUUUUUAAUAGUCUAAAUUAAGAGUAAACUCGUAAAUAUAUUGAAAAAGCAGAUAUAUAAUAAAAAAGUGUCAAAAUAGUCAAUAGGAAAAAAAUAAAGGAAUAUAAUUUAACAAAAAAUUUAGAUGAUUUACAAGAAUUUUAUGAUUUUGAAGCAAGAGGAAUUAAAGAUAUCAUUAUUUUAAAUGAAAAUAAGUUUAUUCCAUUUUAUAACAUGUUAUUUCUUGGUACAGUAGCCUUUUCCUAAUUGAUAGUUGGAGGUCUAUUAAUGACAACUGGACUUGGAGGUAUUAUUGGGAAUAUGAUUCUUUAAGAAGGAGUUUCAGAUCUCAUUAUUCUAAUAACAUCAUACUAUAAGAGAGAAUUCUCUUGGGCUGAUUACUGAUUAUUAAAAGACAGCCAGCAUUUUAUGCACUACUCUCACUUUUGGAUUGAAUAUAAUUAAAGAUACCGGCAAAACUAAAGAUUUCUUUCAAAUUAUAGACUAAAAAAAAAGCAUAAAAAUGUUAAAAAUAAAAUCUAUUUUUCAUGAAACAUGGAAAUAAUCUUUUUAGUCAUUAGCCCUUAAAGGAUGUAAUCUGAUUCUUACCAAAAUGUUUUCAGCAACACUUGAAAAUACUAAGUCUUAAUUGUAGUAAUUUCUUUAUAAAAUCAUUUAAGAAAAAUUCUCUUAAAAAGAUACAAUUAAACUUCUUAGAAAAAUUUAAGUUUUAAAUUAAAUCUAAAAAAGAAACUUGGUUGAGGAUAUAAAUAAAUAUAUUUCGAAAUUCUUAAAAAUAAUUAGGUUAGUAAAUACUUUUACUAGUUAUCUUGAAAAUUUCAUUAUAAAAUUUUCAGUCCCUAAGGAAGUAGGAUUUGGAAGCUGGAUUUACUCUUUAUGUUGUAAAUUUAUUUAAGAAGUAUUGGUAAUUUUAUAAUAAGAAAAAUUAAUUGAUUAUUUGCAUACUGAAUUCAAAUCCUAAUUGAUUUUAUUUGCUAAAACAGAAUAUAAUCUCUAAUGUUUAUACUAAAAAUGGAAUUAGUAACAAACCUUUAAUAGAAAACUAAGCAAGAGUUAAUGAAUCCUUAACAGAUUUAAAUUAAAAAUUAAGUGAAAUUGUUUUUUUAGAUAAUAUCGAGUAAAAUACAUAUUAUAAACUUACUGACGAAUUAAAUUAAGUUUUAAUUGAAAAUUAAACUCCUAAAUAAGUAUAAGAUUUCUUAAGAUAUUUAUCAAAAAAUGAAUAAAAACUUGAAAAUUAAUAAGAAGACAAAUUUAUAGAAAAAAUCAUUGAAGAUAUUACUGAAUAAUUAACUUAAUAAUUAUACUGUUUGGCAGAAUAAUAAAUUUUAUUACCUUUGAUUAGUUGUGGAACUUCACAGUUAGCAAACAAUUUUAUCUCAAAUUUUCAAUAUAAGGCUGUUGAGAAUUAAUCCAAAAUAAAAGAUUCUUUAAAUAAUGAUGAAGAAUAUUUAAAUACAAUAGCAUUGACUUAAGAUUAAAAAGAACUUCAUUAAAAUACAAUAGCAUAGACUUAAGUUUAAAAAGAACUUCAUUCAAAUACAACAACAAUGACUUAAGAUUAAAAAGAACUUCAUUCAAAUACAAUAGCAUUGACUUAAGUUUAAAAAGAACUUCAUUCAAAUACAACAACAAUGACUUAAGAUUAAAAAGAACUUCAUUCAAAUACAANAAUUUAUACAACACCAUAGACUUAAGAUUAAAAAGAAUAUCCAAUUUAUACAACACCAUAGACUUAAGAUUAAAAAGAAUAUCCAAUUUAUACAACACCAUAGACUUAAGAUUAAAAAGAAUAUCCAAUUUAUACAACACCAUAGACUUAAGAUUAAAAAGAAUAUCCAAUUUAUACAACACCAUAGACUUAAGAUUAAAAAGAAUAUCCAAUUUAUACAACACCAUAGACUUAAGAUUAAAAAGAAUAUCCAAUUUAUACAACACCAUAGACUUAAGAUUAAAAAGAAUAUCCAAUUUAUACAACACCAUAGACUUAAGAUUAAAAAGAAUAUCCAAUUUAUACAACACCAUAGACUUAAGAUUAAAAAGAAUAUCCAAUUUAUACAACACCAUAGACUUAAGAUUAAAAAGAAUAUCCAAUUUAUACAACACCAUAGACUUAAGAUUAAAAAGAAUAUCCAAUUUAUACAACACCAUAGACUUAAGAUUAAAAAGAAUAUCCAAUUUAUACAACACCAUAGACUUAAGAUUAAAAAGAAUAUCCAAUUUAUACAACACCAUAGACUUAAGAUUAAAAAGAAUAUCCAAUUUAUACAACACCAUAGACUUAAGAUUAAAAAGAAUAUCCAAUUUAUACAACACCAUAGACUUAAGAUUAAAAAGAAUAUCCAAUUUAUACAACACCAUAGACUUAAGAUUAAAAAGAAUAUCCAAUUUAUACAACACCAUAGACUUAAGAUUAAAAAGAAUAUCCAAUUUAUACAACACCAUAGACUUAAGAUUAAAAAGAAUAUCCAAUUUAUACAACACCAUAGACUUAAGAUUAAAAAGAAUAUCCAAUUUAUACAACACCAUAGACUUAAGAUUAAAAAGAAUAUCCAAUUUAUACAACACCAUAGACUUAAGAUUAAAAAGAAUAUCCAAUUUAUACAACACCAUAGACUUAAGAUUAAAAAGAAUAUCCAAUUUAUACAACACCAUAGACUUAAGAUUAAAAAGAAUAUCCAAUUUAUACAACACCAUAGACUUAAGAUUAAAAAGAAUAUCCAAUUUAUACAACACCAUAGACUUAAGAUUAAAAAGAAUAUCCAAUUUAUACAACACCAUAGACUUAAGAUUAAAAAGAAUAUCCAAUUUAUACAACACCAUAGACUUAAGAUUAAAAAGAAUAUCCAAUUUAUACAACACCAUAGACUUAAGAUUAAAAAGAAUAUCCAAUUUAUACAACACCAUAGACUUAAGAUUAAAAAGAAUAUCCAAUUUAUACAACACCAUAGACUUAAGAUUAAAAAGAAUAUCCAAUUUAUACAACACCAUAGACUUAAGAUUAAAAAGAAUAUCCAAUUUAUACAACACCAUAGACUUAAGAUUAAAAAGAAUAUCCAAUUUAUACAACACCAUAGACUUAAGAUUAAAAAGAAUAUCCAAUUUAUACAACACCAUAGACUUAAGAUUAAAAAGAAUAUCCAAUUUAUACAACACCAUAGACUUAAGAUUAAAAAGAAUAUCCAAUUUAUACAACACCAUAGACUUAAGAUUAAAAAGAAUAUCCAAUUUAUACAACACCAUAGACUUAAGAUUAAAAAGAAUAUCCAAUUUAUACAACACCAUAGACUUAAGAUUAAAAAGAAUAUCCAAUUUAUACAACACCAUAGACUUAAGAUUAAAAAGAAUAUCCAAUUUAUACAACACCAUAGACUUAAGAUUAAAAAGAAUAUCCAAUUUAUACAACACCAUAGACUUAAGAUUAAAAAGAAUAUCCAAUUUAUACAACACCAUAGACUUAAGAUUAAAAAGAAUAUCCAAUUUAUACAACACCAUAGACUUAAGAUUAAAAAGAAUAUCCAAUUUAUACAACACCAUAGACUUAAGAUUAAAAAGAAUAUCCAAUUUAUACAACACCAUAGACUUAAGAUUAAAAAGAAUAUCCAAUUUAUACAACACCAUAGACUUAAGAUUAAAAAGAAUAUCCAAUUUAUACAACACCAUAGACUUAAGAUUAAAAAGAAUAUCCAAUUUAUACAACACCAUAGACUUAAGAUUAAAAAGAAUAUCCAAUUUAUACAACACCAUAGACUUAAGAUUAAAAAGAAUAUCCAAUUUAUACAACACCAUAGACUUAAGAUUAAAAAGAAUAUCCAAUUUAUACAACACCAUAGACUUAAGAUUAAAAAGAAUAUCCAAUUUAUACAACACCAUAGACUUAAGAUUAAAAAGAAUAUCCAAUUUAUACAACACCAUAGACUUAAGAUUAAAAAGAAUAUCCAAUUUAUACAACACCAUAGACUUAAGAUUAAAAAGAAUAUCCAAUUUAUACAACACCAUAGACUUAAGAUUAAAAAGAAUAUCCAAUUUAUACAACACCAUAGACUUAAGAUUAAAAAGAAUAUCCAAUUUAUACAACACCAUAGACUUAAGAUUAAAAAGAAUAUCCAAUUUAUACAACACCAUAGACUUAAGAUUAAAAAGAAUAUCCAAUUUAUACAACACCAUAGACUUAAGAUUAAAAAGAAUAUCCAAUUUAUACAACACCAUAGACUUAAGAUUAAAAAGAAUAUCCAAUUUAUACAACACCAUAGACUUAAGAUUAAAAAGAAUAUCCAAUUUAUACAACACCAUAGACUUAAGAUUAAAAAGAAUAUCCAAUUUAUACAACACCAUAGACUUAAGAUUAAAAAGAAUAUCCAAUUUAUACAACACCAUAGACUUAAGAUUAAAAAGAAUAUCCAAUUUAUACAACACCAUAGACUUAAGAUUAAAAAGAAUAUCCAAUUUAUACAACACCAUAGACUUAAGAUUAAAAAGAAUAUCCAAUUUAUACAACACCAUAGACUUAAGAUUAAAAAGAAUAUCCAAUUUAUACAACACCAUAGACUUAAGAUUAAAAAGAAUAUCCAAUUUAUACAACACCAUAGACUUAAGAUUAAAAAGAAUAUCCAAUUUAUACAACACCAUAGACUUAAGAUUAAAAAGAAUAUCCAAUUUAUACAACACCAUAGACUUAAGAUUAAAAAGAAUAUCCAAUUUAUACAACACCAUAGACUUAAGAUUAAAAAGAAUAUCCAAUUUAUACAACACCAUAGACUUAAGAUUAAAAAGAAUAUCCAAUUUAUACAACACCAUAGACUUAAGAUUAAAAAGAAUAUCCAAUUUAUACAACACCAUAGACUUAAGAUUAAAAAGAAUAUCCAAUUUAUACAACACCAUAGACUUAAGAUUAAAAAGAAUAUCCAAUUUAUACAACACCAUAGACUUAAGAUUAAAAAGAAUAUCCAAUUUAUACAACACCAUAGACUUAAGAUUAAAAAGAAUAUCCAAUUUAUACAACACCAUAGACUUAAGAUUAAAAAGAAUAUCCAAUUUAUACAACACCAUAGACUUAAGAUUAAAAAGAAUAUCCAAUUUAUACAACACCAUAGACUUAAGAUUAAAAAGAAUAUCCAAUUUAUACAACACCAUAGACUUAAGAUUAAAAAGAAUAUCCAAUUUAUACAACACCAUAGACUUAAGAUUAAAAAGAAUAUCCAAUUUAUACAACACCAUAGACUUAAGAUUAAAAAGAAUAUCCAAUUUAUACAACACCAUAGACUUAAGAUUAAAAAGAAUAUCCAAUUUAUACAACACCAUAGACUUAAGAUUAAAAAGAAUAUCCAAUUUAUACAACACCAUAGACUUAAGAUUAAAAAGAAUAUCCAAUUUAUACAACACCAUAGACUUAAGAUUAAAAAGAAUAUCCAAUUUAUACAACACCAUAGACUUAAGAUUAAAAAGAAUAUCCAAUUUAUACAACACCAUAGACUUAAGAUUAAAAAGAAUAUCCAAUUUAUACAACACCAUAGACUUAAGAUUAAAAAGAAUAUCCAAUUUAUACAACACCAUAGACUUAAGAUUAAAAAGAAUAUCCAAUUUAUACAACACCAUAGACUUAAGAUUAAAAAGAAUAUCCAAUUUAUACAACACCAUAGACUUAAGAUUAAAAAGAAUAUCCAAUUUAUACAACACCAUAGACUUAAGAUUAAAAAGAAUAUCCAAUUUAUACAACACCAUAGACUUAAGAUUAAAAAGAAUAUCCAAUUUAUACAACACCAUAGACUUAAGAUUAAAAAGAAUAUCCAAUUUAUACAACACCAUAGACUUAAGAUUAAAAAGAAUAUCCAAUUUAUACAACAACAUAGACUUAAGAUUUAAAAGAAUCUUUAUAACUUAUAAUAAUAUCGACUUCAGACUCGGCACAAUGUUCAUAAUAAGCGGAAACAAAUGAUAAAGAAUAAAACAAACCUCCAUAACCUAACCCUGAAGAUUAGACUGAUCUAAACAAUCAAGCAAAAGAUAAUCCUAUUUCUAAAAAUUCUGACCAAACCUCGUCUGAUGAUUUUACAUUCUAUAAAGAACCUUUUAUAAUAUAUCCUGGAAUCGGAAUUACUGCAUCUAUAUUGUUAUUUGGAAUUUUUAAAUCAUUGUAUAAAAAAAAUUAGAUGAUAACCUGA